AUGUUGAUUGAUCUGAUCAAAGCCACCUUAUCGCCUAGCCAAUGUCCGAUCCACAAUCUUGGCUUAUGUCCUGCACCCGUACACCAGCAUUUAGCAGCAAAACGGCUGAUUAGCGACCUUUUUUCAUUUGUGACCAAUGGCAAAACCAAAAGUAUGUAUCAACUCGACUUUUUGUCUAUAUUUCGGCUAUAUAGCUGGCAUACUCCAACGUCAACAAAUACUAACCUUCAGUACAUACUUCUUGUUCGUCACGGCGAAUCGGAAGGAAAUUGUGACAAAUCAGUUAACAGAUUUAUCGCCAACCACAAAGUUGUGCUCACGGAAACUGGCCACAAGCAAGCCAAAAACGCUGGAAUAGUGCUCCGAUCGUUCUUGGACCACGACCAGUUUGAAAAAUGCAAUAAAUCUUGUCCUCUGCUGCGAAGUUGCAAGUCGAUUCUGUUCUAUACUCUGCCGUAUUCCCGAGCAAGACAAACGUGUACCGACAUUAUCAAUGAAAUCAAGGACUUGCCGGAUGUGGAAUACUCUGUCAACGAAGAGCCACGGAUGCGGGAGCAGGAUUUUGGCAACUUUCAAUCGACCCCGGAAGAGAUGGAAAAAGUGUGGGAAGAACGAGCUCAUUAUGGCCAUUUUUUCUACCGGAUUCCUCACGGUGAGCUGGCAGCAGACGUUUAUGAUAGAGCUGCCAGUUUCAACGAGUCUUUAUUCCGCCAAUUUCGCCAGAAAGACUUCCCCAAUAUUCUCGUUCUUGUGACCCACGGCAUUUGGGCGCGAGUAUUUUUGAUGAAAUGGUUUCGAUGGAGUUACGAGGAGUUCGAAUCGCUCCGAAAUAUUCCCCACUGCCAAUAUAUAAUCAUGAAACAAAACGAAUCCACUGGCAAAUAUGACCUCAAGACACCACUAAAGACAUGGGACGAUCUACCCGAAGAAGACAUUGACGACUACGAAGUCACCAAAGAGAUCGGCGACGAAGUGUCCUUCAACUCCAAAAACAAAUUGCAGAACCCCAAUGAUCUCGACAUCCAUAGCAUCAUCAAAGCCCAAACCACAGCCAUUCGCGAAGCCCGCUAUAAAGACAAACACAUUCUUCACCAAUACAAAAAACUCAUGAACGGCCAUGGGGCUCUGCGGUUCAAAAUGGAGAACCAGAGUGCCGCCAAUAGCGCCGAUACCUUGGAAAAGGAGCCAUGA